ACUGCUUCUUUGACCACUACAGCUGGUGGAUAAGGAUAACUACCAGCCUUACUGAGACCGCUCUUCUCGGACCCCUCUACUCUGCCUCGUACCUCUCUGCCCCUCUCCUUUGAUUAGCAUAUGACCGCAACCAUGGCUGACAUCAACAAUGGUUAUGAACAGAGGUUUCAGGCAAACGGACAUCAUAAAGAGAUUGACCUGAUCAACAGAGACCCCAAGCAAGUCAACGAGGAUGUAGUGAAGGUGGACUUUGAGGAUGUGAUCGCUGAGCCUGAUGGGACUCACAGUCUGGACGGGGUGUGGAAGGCCAGUUACACCACCUUCACUGUGUCCAAGUACUGGUGCUACCGCAUCCUAUCAGCCAUUUUGGGGAUCCCAGUGGCUCUGCUGUGGGGCUUCCUAUUCGCUUGCCUCUCCUUCUGCCACAUCUGGGCCGUUGUGCCAUGCAUUAAAAGCUGUCUGAUCGAGUCCCAGUGUCUGAGCCGUAUCUACUCCCUGGCCAUUCACACCUUCUGUGACCCCCUGUUCGAAGCCCUGGCGAAAAUAUUCUCAAGUGUUCGGGUGGUGCUACGGAAGGAGGUGUAGGGUUCAGAAGCAUGGGAAUGGAACAGGGAGGAAGUGGCUGCUCUACACCCAUUUUAGAGCAGAUGCUCUCAGCUACAUUAAUUGACAGUUAGUGCAUUCAUCUUAAGAUAGCUAGCUGAGACAACCACAUAUCACAGUCGUAGUACAUUUUUCCUCAAUAAAGAAGUUAUCAGCAAAUUCAGUG